CAUGCCUCUAGUCCCGUCUUUCCUAUGUCCAUGGUUGUUUACUCUGACAAAGGUUAGAUCGCGCUAUAAAUUACAGCUCAGAGGUUUGUGUCAUUCACGAGUUUUAUUAUAAUUCUAGAAAUCCUGAUUCGUUACGAUUACCACCGCGUCUCGAUUUCGUUCACGAGUGUGUAAUUGAAUCCAAAAAAUACGGGAUAAUCGUGGCCGUGACCUAAACUACCACAAAAUACCUCGGAAACACAUGUGUUUAUUUCAUUUGUUUUCUGGUGCUCGAUUAACGUGAUAAGUGAUGUAGUGCCGUCAUGGCGACUUUACCGCCGAGAAAGAAUCCAACUCCUACAAAAAUAUCCAAAGAACACCUCACACCUUUGCAGAUUUUACUGCAAUUGGGAUUUCCGAAACAUAGAGCAGAAAAGGCAUUAGCAGCUACAGGACAUCGCAGUGUUCAACUCGCUUCAGAUUGGCUUCUCGCACACGUUCGAGAUCCAACCUUGAAUUCUGAUGAACAAAGAGAAUAUGUUUUAUACGCGUGUCCAACUGGACAAUUUGCUGAAAGGCUCGCUAAAUUUUGGGCAGACAGUAAAGAACUUGGAUGGAAUGGAGCUCACAAUUUCAUGCCGCAUAUGACUCUCAUCUCCUAUUUCAAGAAUAUUAAUAAUUUCCAGGCUUCGGACGAGUCGGCAGAGAAAAUGGCCAACGCAUUAGAGACUUUAAUCGAUCGCAACGAAUGCCCCGAAUACAUUGACCUGGAGACUUACAUAUCGCCUAAUUUCAUGGGCUUGUUUGUCGAAGAUAAGCACUCAGAAUGGUUGAAAUCCCUAGCCGUCCAAUAUUGCAAAAAACUAUCAAACCUGGGAAUCACAGUCGAGCCCCACACGAAAGCUCCCUUGCAUCUUUCCCUCGCAUAUCAAUUUUCCAGCACACAUUUCCAGCAUUUGCGUUCAAUGGUUGAAAAACUGGGAUCAAAUACCGCCGUCAACUGGGAACUGAGAUUAUACUCCAGGGAUUCCCGAUUGCGAAAUAUGCACGUGCACACAGUAUUACACACGCACGUUCCUCGCCAGCAUGAUGAAUUAGAAUUGAGACCAGGAGACUAUAUUUAUUUGCCAGAAGGUGCUUGUAAUGCUUCAAUCGAUGGAUGGGUUGAAGGUAUAUCGUGGUUGACUGGAACUUCCGGCUAUUUGCCACUAAAUCACACAAAAAGAUCUGCUGAUUCCGAUGCCUGGACUUUACAUGCCACUGUUGCGAUUAUUGACAAUCGGAUAGAGUUGGUUGAACAGGAGAUGCCGAAAAGCAGGAGGCCGCCGAUUUUAUCGAGCACUGAGUCUUUGGACACUCCGGAUGGAAUUGCGCCUGAUAAUGAACCGAUGGAGGCUUCAGAACCACCAUCAACUUUCUCCCGGCAAAUUUUCAUCUGUCGACAUGGGGAACGCGUGGACUUUACAUUCGGCGCCUGGAUUCCCUACUGCUUCGAAACCAACGGUUCAUACAUUCGCAGAGACCUAAACAUGCCGAAAGAGAUACCUCAAAGAAACAUCCAGGACUUCCAGAACGACUGUCCUCUGACAACCUUAGGAGAAAUGCAGGCAAGUCUCGUCGGCGAAGCCAUGAAAUCUGCCAAAGUCAAAAUCGACGUCGCCUUUGCUUCUCCAUCUCUCCGCUGUAUUCAAACUCUCUCGAAAAUUUUGAAAGGACUCGGUUCUGAUGUUCCUAUCAAAAUCGAACCAGGCCUUAUUGAAUGGCUCGCUUGGUACCCGAACGGAACUCCCACCUGGAUGUCUCCUGACGAAUUGGUCAAGGCUGGUUUUAACAUAGACACAAGCUACGUUCCUGUUGUGAAGAGAGAAAAUCUUCCAGCGAAGGAAAAUGCUGCCCAGUAUUACGAGAGGAGUUUUGCUUUGAUGAAGGACAUCAUCCAAAGUACGGUAGGGAAUAUUUUGAUAGUCGCUCACGCUGCUUCUUUGGCAGCUUGCACUAGACAAUUGGUUGGAGGAAGAGUGCCUCCAGCUGCGGAAGUUACAAGAUUGGUGCAGAGAGUUCCAUAUCUGGCUUGUUUAACUGCUCGAGAAACUUUUGACGGUUGGCAGCUGCAUCCACCACCUUUUCCUCCAGUUACUCAUACCAGUAAUAGUAGAUUUGAUUGGAAGAUUUUAAUGUAGGGUUCAAUUAAUUAGCGAAUUUAACACUUUCCGAGUCUUUGGAAUCAGGGACAAGAGUUCAUAGCAGAUCUGGCAUUUUAUUUUUAUAUUUUCAGCAAUAAUUCAUGACAGUGAAUUUAUUUUUUCACUGAGAAUUUUACAAAUUUUUACACUCUGGACAAUCUAAAAUAAGUUUGGUUUUAAACUUUUUUUAUAUUAAGUUCAAUUUCUAACUUUUUGAAUUAUAAA